CAAUUUUAUGCUUGAAGGUGAGCAAUAAAUUGAUGGAACCAAUCGCCCAAUACCAUAUAAUAGUUUCCUCCUCACUGACUUGGAAACUAACAAUAAAUUGUCAUAACGGGACUAAUUUCAGUGGAAAUAAAAGAAGUAUCCCAAAAAAAAAAAAAUAAUAAUAAUAAUAGUCCUUAUUGUGAUUCGAACACCAGACCAUUCUAAGAAACCAACAAUCGCGCCACAAAUGAGUCCACUCGUUCACUUACUUUCCCGCGCCAUUACAUCUCAACCGCCUCCGGGAUUUGAGUUUUCAGCAGUGCCCUUCAAAACCCUAGAAAAAAGCGAAACUUGCUGAAGCCGUGUCUACAGUACGUUUCUAUCUCCAUGGCCUCUGCUUCUACAUCGAAUCAAUCAAUCGACAGCAACAAUGCUUCGUUAUCUCAUUUUCAAAAAACAGUUUGCUUGCAAGAUUGGUGGUUGAUUAAGGUCGAAACGGACAUCGGAGAGAAGAGACUCGCUAUUGCUGGGUUUACUUCUGGAGAGCAACAAGCUCGGCGAGUUUUCUCUUCUGCACCAAUCCAUAGGAGAUUCGAUGUCUUCACUCUUGAGACAGUUGAUGGGAUAUUCAUAAUUAUUAAGGGCUUCAUAAACAAGGUCCGCACAGAAGAAAAUGGGUUUCCUGCCGAGGUCUUCAAUCAUUUUGUUUUUGGAUUUCCUCCAUACUGGGAGGAAUAUGCUGAAAAGUGUUUUGGAGGAGGAUUUACCAACGAGGCUGUUUCAAGAAGUAACUUGAGUCAUGACAAGUUAUCCACACAUUCAGGAGCUGUUGCUGGCACAAAAGACUAUAGUGAAGCAACUCCAAAGAAAAAUGAGAAGCUUAUUGGUGAAGAAAGCCAUGGCAGUGAUAAAAUGGAUGUGGGAUUAGAAGACUCUGGAAUAAUCUUGUCAGCAAUGGAGCAACACAGCCUCAGGGAUGGUUCUUGUAAUAAAGUUUCAUUGGAAAUUACGAAAGCAUGUCCUUCUCAAGAUGUGCCUAAGAUAAUCAUUGGUGAUGCCUUGAAAAGUUCUGACCUGCAUAAUAAUGUGACUGACUUCUUAAGUUGUGUUGAAGAUGAAACAAUUGUUGAUAUUGGUUCAAGUUCUUCUAUUGGUGUCAAAGGUACAAUAGGAAGAUGUUCUUUAACAUCAAAAGAUGAGGGCCAAGAUGAUCAAUUAAAGAGUGCUGUAGCAAAUGUUGAGAGUGAAUCAGGAGGCAAAAGUAUCUUGAAUGUCUCUAAUGCUGGAUUUCAAGAGCCUACAGAUGAUAUAACUGAUGGUAUGGAGGGCGAAAACACAAAAGAGUCUGUCAAGUCCUCCAUUAGGAUUGAUGGCGCAAUCCGUAAAGAUGUUGACAAGAAAGAGAGCAAUGCUAAAGAAGCAAAUGCAUCUAGGAAGAAGACUAAAAGGAAAUUGACAUAUGGAAGUCCUAUCAUUCGGGAGCAAAAAGAGAAAGAAUCUGUUGUCUCUCCUGGAUCUUUGAGUUUCAAAAGAUCUCGAUCAGGGAGACUACUUCUACCCACACUAGAAUUCUGGCGCAACCAAACAGCAAUAUAUGAUGCGGAUCGUCAUAUUACUGGAAUCCAGGAAGGACUGCUUGCAGUAAAAUCAUCUAGAGGGAGUAGAUCUGAACCUCAGAGAAAGCGAAAGCAACUCAGGUGAUUGCCAGGGGUGGCAUCUCAUCCGUUGUUAAAAUAGGUGAUCCUCUAAAGGUACACUAAUUUUGAUUUGACCUUCUGACGAGCUGAGAGCAUUUAUAAACAAGAUGGGUUGAGAUUUAGGAAUAUUGGGUGACCACAAAUGUAAGAUUAGCUCAAGGGUGUAAACCAUUUAAAAGGCUAAGAAUCUUAGAGCAUUUCAUCCUCCUCUUGGUGAAAAGAAUUUGCAUUUUCAGUUAUGAUAACGUGCUUACUCACCAAAAAUAUUCCCCCUUUACAGUUUUUGAUGCAUAUCUGCUGAACUAGAAGUGACUGGUUGGAUUGCCCAUUUUAUCAAUUAAGCUUGUUGAGACAUACAUGUAAACGGGUAGUCCCUAACAAAAAGUGUGCAUUUCUUAGUGUUUAGUGUGUUUUUAUGUUAAUAUAAUAUAACAUCCACAGUAAAUACAAGUUUCAAGAAGAGAAAUCUCUAGAUUGUUGAUUAAAUCUCUUUGUGUAGUGCCCAUUUUAUCAAUUAAGCUUGUUGAGACAUACAUGUAAACGGGUAGUCCCUAACAAAAAGUGUGCAUUUCUUAGUGUUUAUUGUGUUUUUAUGGUAAUAUAAUAUAACAUCCGCAGUAAAUACAAGUUUCAAGAAGAGAAAUCUCUAGAUUGUUGAUUAAAUCUUUUUGUCGUAGUUGAUCUUUGCAUGUAAAUUAGGGAUCAUGUUGGUUAGUCUCUUCAGACUAUAGGGGGAACACUUCUUCUGAUUCCACCACAUUCCAUGGGGAUUUUCUUGUGCUGCCAACUCAUUCAUUACGGUAGUCAACUGAAUUUAAUGUAUUGCACCUGCUUGUGUCAGAGUGUCUUCUUUGAUGGCCAUGGAACCACUGCAGUCUUGCACAAAUCAUUGUGCAGUAAAGAUGAAUCUUGACUGUGAGCAUUAUAUGCAUAAUUAGAGAGGACAAGUUUUUAUAAAAAGAAUAGCAGCAAAAAACAUAAGAUAUCCUCUCCCCCUGCCUCGCCCCCCUCUAAGCCCUAGGAGCUCGCAAAGUAGCAUCACUUUGUUCCUAUGUAGAAAAUCGGAAGAGAAGUUACCUAACAAUAUAUUUACAGAAGAGCGUUUGAUACAAAUUCAAUUAGAAAUGAAGAAAACUGUGGUCAUUUGUGUGGGCUAGUUCUAAAUCUGAUGGCAUAACUAAGAGAAAUAGUUUAUGAAUCAUGAACAUCUUAUGGUGACAGCACAGCUCAGGUGAUUGCAAUAGCCAGAGAACUUCGGUUGCUAACUUACCGAACAAUAUAAAUUAAAUAUUCUGCGGACACUCACUAUUAUUUUUAACUUGAUUUUAUGUUUUUUCUCACAUUAAACAGUUCCUCUUGUUAGCAGGUUUGCAUCAAGUUGAUCAAGAUUUCCAUUGCCAUCAGAGAUGGAAUUGAAACCUUAGUUUGCUUCCCAUCUUUUGUGCACUUGUAUCUAUAAUGUAUUCUUUUGGUUGGGGUAGUUGUAUGUGUAUGUUUACUCUCUCUCUUUUUUUUUUCUUUUUUUCUUUUGGAAUCUUGUGGCUCUCCUCUAUGUAUAGUUGAUUUUGUUUAUUUAAAUGCAUAUGAUUUUGUAGAGUUAA